AAUCAGACAUGUGUUGUCGGCGGGGAGUAAGGUAUUCACAUUGUAGAGACAGACACUAAUUUUCUUUAACAACAACUUAAGUUACCAUAGAAACUUUCCGUAGGCACAAGUAACGUUCACUGGAGAAAGUUAGUAAAGAGUUGCCAAGAACUAUCGUAAACAAAAUGUCUGGUGGUCAGAUAGUUCCUAUUGCUUUAAGGAGGUUUGAUACGAGCCAGCCGUGGGGGUUCAAACUUCAGGGAGGGUCGGAUGUAGGAUGCCCCAUCCAUGUCGCCCAGGUUCAGCCCAAGAGCAUCUCAGGGAAGAGUGGCUUACAGAACGGGGACUUGAUCCUGAGGAUCGGCGAGACUGACUUGCAGAACGCCACGCACCAGCAGGCCAGAAACGAGAUGAUCCGCGCCGGGAAUGAUGUGGAUCUGGUCGUUCAGAGAGGAGGGGUUGCUGUAAAACCAACUCCCCAACAAGAGCCCGAGGAGGAAAAAGAAACGUACCAAGACGUGACUCCUAAAACGUACAAAGUCCUAGAGAAAGAGCUACCCCAGGCAGAAGCAACAGGUGCACGCCCUGCGUCUAUAUUCGACAGAAGGAAACAGGACAGGACAGCCUAUACAAAGGCAGACAAGUCUGGAUAUAUGAAGACUUAUGGACAACAGUAGAUUGGGAUUUUGGGAUUCCUAACCCUCUGUCGGUACUUUUGUAAUAGGGGUACUAGUCAAAGAGAAUUUCUUUCCAUCUAAAUAUUACACACUUCAAAUGUCAUAUUAGAUGAUACUUGUGAACAUGCAUAAAGUUGAGACCUACAUGCAUGUUUGCUCUGUUUUGAAUACAUGUUGACUAUUAAAAUACUAAAUAGAUUUAACGUUUUAAUGUUUUAAUUUUUCAUUUAUGUAUACCUUUUAUUUUCUUAUGAGAUUGCUAUUUGCUUUCAUUUUACUUUGAAUUCUUUGUAUCCGAUGUGCAAUAAAAUUCUUUUAUAUAUUUGUCAAA